AUGGCAGCUACGGUUCUGGGCAAGCGCACACGCAGUGUAGCAGAGCCAGAAGCACUGCCAGUACGAACGGCAAGCAAGCGCCGAACCGUGGCACCUCGUGCCCGCCGUGAAGAUGCUGCCGUUUCCAAGUCGAUUCCUCGAACCCGGUCGCGUGCGAAGAUCGCAGAGCCCUUGGCCGACCAGGAAAAUGGCGAUGUCAUCAAGACUGCCGACAAGGCGCUUUCCAAGCACACAAUUCAUGAGGAGCAGGGUCCGUCACCGUCCAAGAUCAACUCCCAUUUCCGCACCUCAAAGCUAGUGGAGGAGGAAACACCAGCCCCGGUUGAAUUCAAGACUCCACAGAAAGCGCGCUUCCGAGAUGCAUUGCAACAAUCUCCAUCUACGCCCCGACAUCGUGUUCAAGUCGGCGCGAAGGCAGUCACUCCUCGAACUCCUCGACAUGCCAAUCUUCCACCUACUCCUCGUCAAAGUGCGACUCCGACCGCCGCACAGUCAGUCUACUCACAAGCGCGACAGCUAUUUGCUCGUGGAGCCAACUCUGGACGACUUGUUGGUCGAGACUCGGAACGAGAAAAAGUGGCCACAUUUAUUGAAGAUUGUGUGAAGUCUCAAAAAGGCGGUUGUCUCUACAUCAGUGGACCGCCUGGAACGGGCAAGAGUGCCAUGGUCAAUGAGGUGUGCCAAGAUAUGGACUUGUCAGAUGUCAAGGUCUCUCACGUCAACUGCGUGAGCAUGCGGAACGCUCGUGAUGUCUAUAGCAAGCUUAUCCAAGAUUUCGACGAGGACUCGGAUGUCUUCAAGAAAAGCGAAGGAGACCGAUUGAAGGACAUGUUUGUCCCAUCCAAACCCAACGGCUUAUUCCUAGUUUCGCUGGACGAAAUGGAUCACUUGCUUAUGGGGGACUCGGGUGUGCUCCAAUCACUGUUUGAGUGGUCCCUAUCUAACAAGUCAACCCUGAUUUUGAUCGGAAUUGCCAAUGCUCUGGAUUUGACCGACCGCUCGUUGCCACAGUUGAAGGCAAAGAACCUGAGGCCGAUUCUGUUGCCAUUCCUGCCGUACACUGCGGCAUCGAUCGCCAACGUUAUUACCAAACGUCUUCGAUCGCUGAUUCCCGUCGGCAUGGACAAUGACCCGAAGUUUGUUCCUUUCUUGCAGCCUGCCGCCAUUCAGCUUUGUGCCAAGAAGGUUGCAUCGCAGACGGGCGAUCUUCGGAAAGCCUUUGAGCUCAUCAAGCGUGCGAUUGAUACCAUUGAGCAAGAAACCCAACAGAAACUUGAGAAACAAGCAGCCGAGGCCGAGAACAAUCCGAUACUCGCCGAAAAUGCCAAUCUCUCGGGGUCAGUAAAGGCCGCCCCUACUCCUCGACCAACCACUAUGUCGAGCUACACGGCCCUGACUGCGCCUCGUGCCAGCAUCGCACACAUUGCUCGCAUCACAACUUCUGCCUUUGGACAAGGUACCGUCCAGCGGUUGAAGGGUUUGAAUCUGCAGCAGAAAGCCGCCAUCUGCGCUUUGAUUGCAUUAGAGCGCAAACGUCGUGAGCUUGAUAUUCUGAGCACACCCUCCAAGUCUCGAUGCUCUGCGCCUACAGUAAAGCAAGCAUUUGACACCUACUGCACACUUUGCCGAAAUGAUAACAUUCUGCAUCCCUUGACUUCCACCGAGUUCAAAGAUGUCUUGAGCAACCUCGAGACCAUGGGCCUCGUGGGUGAAUACCAAGGCCGCGGCCGUGGUGGAACCGUUGCUGGCGGCUCUGACAUCCGACGCACACCCUCCAAGUCCGGAAGUGUCAUUUCAACUCCUCAUAAAGGCAUGGAUGAACAGGGAUUGCUUUGCUUCGUUUCCCAGUCGGAGAUUGAGGGCCAGAUCGCCGGUCCCGGCGAAGGGAUCCUCAGACGACUGCUUCGUGGUGAGGGUCUCUGA